AGACAAAGGACGAAAACUACAUGUUCCUCCCCGAGCUCGAGCCAUUGGAGCCGUACACUGACAUGGACUUUGAAUUCCAACUUUCAAGCCCAUAUCUGACAGACCAUGACGAAUCUUUAGCAGACCUGGAGCGCCUUCUCCCCAGCAACGCUGCAUUGCCUAGCUUCACUUCAACAGCCGGCUCGUCUGAUUCGUCGACGGGCAUGAAGCCAGAAGUGUGGGAAAGCGAGCGCUGUGAACAGCUACCGGGACUACUCCAGUCCAAUUGGUCAGCCAGCCUUCCAUCUCCAAUGGCUUGCUAUGAUACCGGACUAUCGGGUAACGUAGAGGGUAUACAUCAUUCAUCUGUACCAUCAAGCUCUACGGCACUCAAUUCUGGGAGCCAUAUAUUUUCGGUGCCGCCAACGCCCACAACCGGGACUUCGAGCUUCUUUCCUUUACCGUAUGAUGGAACACGCUAUGGGAGGCAUGACUACCUGGGGCCACCAACCCCAAUGACUGCGAAUUCCAGCUUCUUCCCUCUAUCGUAUGAUCAAGCCAACUACGGUAGCAACCAAUUCACCAUGCCACCGACUCCAACGACUGCGACCACCAGUUUCUUCCCUUCAGCAUACGGUCAACCAAGCUACACGAGUGAUCCCUUCUCUCAAGCCCGAAGUCAUUCGACUGAAGAACUCAAUAUGUUCUCACCAGUAUAUGGACGUACAGACGUUGAACAACCGCUAUCCAUACAGUCGCUUAUGUUUCAUCCAUUGCCUGUAGACCCGCAAAGGUUUCAGCACUUUCCGUAUGGAUACGAGCCACGCGUCCCGGACACCUCUCUGGAUCCAUGUGACAAUACUUCACCGGCGUCGAGAAUUCUUAGUACCGAGCAUAACUAUGCAACAGUGCCUUUGGUAGCAGAUCACCAGACUACACAUAGCAUGCCUCCUUUAAGUGAAAGCAAAGCACCUGAGGAUGCUACAGAUCGGCAGACCAAGGCAGGUAGGACCACUAGGAAGAGAGGCAACGGGAAAUGCCGAGAGUCGGCUGCAUCCUCAUACCGCACGACGUUUGAAGCCCGAUAUGGGAAGGCAGCUACGGCAGAACUCGACUUUCACAACAUGAAGGCCUAUGAAUACAGGGCUCGUUAUGGAGGGAACAAACGCGGAACGCUCCCACCUCUGUACGGGUUAAGGAAGCCAUCGAUGAAGUCAAAUGCCCCAUUCAACUCUCGCCCAAAGCGGGUCCGUACAGCUGUCUCUCACAGGCCAAAGCCAAAGACCUGGCUCGAGAAGCUCACGGAGGGUACGCUUAGCCCGCGCGAGGUACUCAAGGUGUCAUCAAAUGCCACUUAUGCAGAGAUUCGCAAGGCGUGGAAGGACCUGAGUGUCAAAUAUCAUCCAGACAAAGAUCACGGUAAUGAGAAAGUCGCGACUGCACGUACUCAGGCAAUCAAUGAGGCUUUUGCAACCCUGAGAGACGAGAAACUUCGAAAGAAGCAUUAAGGGGAAUAUAAGAGAUGAAUCUUAAGGUUGUGAUAUCAUGAUCGAGG